AUGCUGCUUAUUAUACUCCUUGCAUUUACUCACAUCUGCCACUCCGCCACCAUUAAUUCCGAUAACCACCACUUCCUUAAGCUCCCUCUCCUCCACAUUAACCCUCUUCAAUCCCCUUCUCAAGCCUUCUCCUCUGACGCCGCUCGCCUCUCCUCCCUACUUUCUAAUCUCCACCGAAAACCCAACCUACCUGUCACUUCCGGCGCUUACGCCGGCGCCGGACAAUACUUCGUCACCCUCCACCUCGGUACUCCUCCACAACCCCUCCUCCUCAUUGCUGACACCGGCUCUGAUCUCAUCUGGGUCACCUGCUCCGCCUGCCGAGAUGAUUGCUCCGUCACCCGACCCGCCCAUUCUGCAUUCCUCGCCCGCCACUCCUCCUCCUACUGGCUCCACCACUGUUUCGAUCCAGCGUGUCGACUCGUCCCUCACCCUCGCCCCCCGGUCGCGUGCAACCACACGCGCCUCCACACCCCCUGCCGGUACGAGUAUUCAUACUCCGAUGGGUCUAUCACCAACGGGUUCUUUGCGAAAGAAACGACGUCGUUCAACUCCAGUACCGGGAAAUUACUACAGCAUGACAGCUUGGCAUUCGGUUGCGGCUUUAAGAUUUCCGGUCCGAGUGUUUCCGGUCCUAGCUUUAAUGGAGCCCAAGGAGUAAUGGGCCUGGGUCGUGGGCCCAUCUCCUUUGUUACCCAACUUGGCCGCCGGUUCGGUAACAAGUUCUCUUACUGUCUCAAAGACUACACCAUCGCUCCGCCGCCGACGAGUUACCUCUUGAUCGGCAGCACCACCGGAAAUUCAAGAUUCCGGUACACCCCAUUGCUAACAAACCCUUUAUCCUUCACGUUUUACUACAUUGGGAUCCAAAAUGUAUACGUGGAUAACCUGAAAUUACGUGUAAGCCCUUCGGUUUGGGAAAUGGACAAAUUAGGAAACGGUGGCACCAUCGUUGACUCAGGCACCACCCUCACUUUCUUACCCGACACCGCUUACCGCCAUGUUUUAGCGGCUAUCAGGCGGCGCGUGAAACUGCCAACCCCAGCAGGAUCGCCACCAAACUUUGAUCUUUGUUUCAACGUGUCAGGCAUUCGGAGACCGAGUCUACCCAAACUGAGUUUCAAACUGGUUGGCAACUCGGUGUUUUCUCCGCCGGUCGGAAACUACUUCAUUGACACAUCGGAAAACGUAAAAUGCUUAGCAUUGCAGCCAGUGACAUCGCCGGGUGGAUUUUCCGUGAUCGGAAACCUAAUGCAACAGGGGUUUUUGUUCGAAUUCGACAUCGGACGAUCACAACUAGGGUUUUCUCGAAGUGGUUGCUCAAGAGCUUGAGUCAGCAUACAGAAUCUAGAGCUGAAACCACUUGGGAUUUUGUGUAGUAAUAUAAAUAUCAUUAAAAUUUAAAUUUUUUGAAUUGGGUAUUUGUUGAAUUUAAAUUUAUUUUAUAGUGAAUGAUGAACUGUUAAUGAUAAUAUAUGUGGGUAAGAGUGAGGAGGAGGAUCUUGAGCAUGUGAUGUAUUUUUGUCCUUAUAAAUUCAACACAAAAACAAAACACAAAAAUGAGAGAUAAUU